AUGGAUGAAAAGGCAUCCGCGGGUGUGACCGCUCACAAUGAAAACCUGACUCCAGCGAUGAAGCCGGAGCAGGAGGAGGGUGCAGACCGCCGCCAGUCCGUCGCUCUGAACAUUGUCGAGAACCCGCUGACACGCUGCUCCAAGGAACAGGUGGUCCACGAUGCCCGGGCCUUCGCCGAGUCGCACCAAAUGGCUGACCACGCCGACCUGUUUGGUCGGGCAGCGCUGGUCGCGCGGGACCCCCAACAAUUCGAGAUGAUUCCUGAGCUCGACGAACAGGAGCGCGCCGCGCUGGCAUACGAGAGGGAUCAUAAAUGGCACGGCCCGUUUAUGCUCUGGUACUCGAUCGGGCUGUGCGCCAUAGGAGCCGCCACGCAAGGUUGGGAUCAGACGGGAGCCAACGGGGCCAACCUCGGGUUCCCACAAGAAUUUAAUUUGAUGGGGGAAGGGAGAGAUGAAUGGAUUGUGGGAUUGAUCAACUCUAUCAUCUUCUUGACGGCUGGCCUCAUUGGUGCUUUUAUCGUCGAUCCCCUUAACCACUAUCUGGGCCGAAGAGGAGAAAUCUUCCUGACGGCAUGCUGUCUCACGGCGACCCCAAUCGGCUCGGCCUUUGCAAAGUCAUGGCAAGGACUAUUUGCGGCGCGAUUCGUCAUGGGGAUCGGUAUCGGGGCAAAAAACGCGACUGUCCCCAUUUUCUCGGCGGAGAUGGCUCCCGCUCGAACUCGCGGUGCCCUAGUCAUGUUCUGGCAACUGUGGGUGGUCGCGGGUAUCUUUCUGGGAUUCGCCGCCAAUGUCAUUGUCAAAGACACCGGUGCAAUCGCGUGGCGUCUCCAAUUCGGUUCCGCAUUCAUUCCAUCGCUCAUCCUCGCCGUUGGGAUCUUCUUCUGUCCCGAGUCCCCUCGUUGGCUCAUGAAGCAUGGUCGACAUGCGGAAGCAUUUAAAUCGAUGUUGCGUUUGCGCGCGCAUCCCAUCAUUGGGGCACGGGACUUCUACUAUUCCUAUGUUAUCUACGAAGAAGAACUAAAGGAGGCUCGGGGUUCGGGCUACUUCUCACGUCUGUGGGACUGCUUCGCCGUGCCCAGGAUCCGGAGAGCAAACUACGGCGCCUCGACGGUCAUGAUCGCUCAGCAAAUGUGCGGGAUCAACAUCAUCUCUUUCUACAGCUCCACGAUCUUCGAAAAGGUUGGCUACGACAAGACGGAGGCCCUGUACGCCUCGCUAGGCUAUGGCGCCAUUCAGGUCGUGGCCACCAUUCCGACCCUCUUCCUUAUUGACACCAAAGGGAGAAGAACUCUGACCUUACUUACCUUCCCUGGAAUGUGCAUCUUCCUCUUGGCCGGUGGCCUGUCUCUCCUGAACGAUGAAGGCAGCCGCGGAGCAAAGAUCGGACCAGUUGUCCUGUUCGUCUACCUAUUCACCAUAUGCUACUCUCUGGGUGAAGGACCCGUCGCGUUCCAGUACUCGGCCGAGGUGUUCCCCACGAUUCAGCGUGAGCAAGGAAUGGCUUGGGCUGUGUGCAUUAACAACACUUUCGCGGGUAUCCUCGGUUUAACAUUCCCCCGUAUGCAGACCGUGAUGACUCCAACAGGUGCUUUCGGGUUUUAUGCGGGACUGAAUCUUGUCGCGUGGUUCAUGAUUUUCUGCUUUGUUAGGGAGACCAAACAGCUCACCCUGGAGGAAAUCGACCAGGUCUUCUCAGUUCCAACCAAAGACUUUAUCAGCCAUGAGCUGACAGUAUGGCUUCCGUGGUUCAUCAAGCGACACAUCUUCCGUCAGAAGCACCUUGUCAAGCCACCCCCAAUCAUCGCGGCGGCGGAAAGACCCGAGGUUAACCAUGGUGUUUAA